AUGACCAUUGUUGCAGUUGCCGGCGGCUCGGGCUCCGUAGGUCGAACUAUCGUCAGCGGCCUUGUUCACCAUGGUGGACAUAAGGUCUUUGUCCUUUCCAGAACUGCUAAGAAACCCCAAGAUGGUGUGCAAUACCUGCCCGUCAACUACGCCAAUGUUGAAGCUACAGGAAAGGCACUCGAGGAAAACAAGAUUGGCACCGUCAUUUCUGCCAUGAGCGUCAUGUCGCCAGAAGUCAGUGCGGCCCAAGUCAAUCUCGUCAAGGCAGCGCAGAAAUCCAACUCAACGCGGCGCUUUGUCGUAAGUGCAUACGACAUGAUGUACACAAGAGAUCAAAUACCUGAGUACCCACCAGCGCAAUAUGCGUUUGAGGCGGUGGAUGCACUGGAUCAAACGGACCUCGAGUACACACGCGUUGCCAACGGGUUCUUGUCGGACUACUACGGCAUGCCUCACUACAAAACCAACCUCCAACCGUGGACCAAUUUCGUCAACCUGGAGAAGAAGUGGGCGACUAUUCCCGGUGAUGGCUCUGCAAAGGCUCACUACACCACGAGUUGGGACGUAGCAAGAUACGUUGCCCGUUUGAUGGACCUGGAAAAGUGGACCAAGGUUAGCAGCAUUUGCAUAGAGACAUUGUCCAUUUCAGAGGUUCUCGCGCUGGCGGAGAAAACUCGAGGCCCUGGCUUUGAGGUCGUCUACGAUGACCUCGAAAAGUUGAAGUCAGGCAAGGUCACACUUGACAACGUGUCUCCCGACUACGGCGUCGACCAAGACGAAGCCCAAGCUAUGUACGCCAAGAUUCACUAUUAUGCUGCUACUGGGAAAUAUCUUGUUCCUACCGAAGACAGCCUUACUUCCAAGUUUCCAGAGAUUGUCCCGAAGACGGUAGCGCAAGUUAUGGAGGAGUCUUGGCAGGGCAAGUAG